UUCUUUAUUACCUAGGGAUUCUUAUCAUUGUUGGGGAGGUGAAAAAGCUCGACCUCAAUAUUAAGAGGAUGACUGAACAAUUUCUCUUUAUUCUUGAGCUGUUAAUAGAAAAGUGAGUCUCUUCCUUGUUAGGAUGUUGAUUGACGUGAUAAGGAUACUUAUUGUUGGGGCCGUGAUAGCUGCUUUCGUUGUGAAUGCACAACGUCAACAGACAGUUAAUGGCCUGACCCCUAUACCCACCGAAGCUGUCCCUGCGUAUACACCUCACAGAAAGCAACAAUAUUCUGGCUCAUUACCAGACACAAGCAAACCCACCAAAGGGAAACCUAGAAUCUGUUCCGUGUACUCAAAUUCCAUACCGCUCACGUCUAGGCAUAUUUCACUUUAAACACAGUUAUAGGUAGUGUUCUUGAAACAGACACUGAAGUUAUCAAACACUAACUGCCCGAAAACCCAAGUCUUCCCUCCCAUAACGACAGAAUCCUAACGUCUUUUGU